GCUGUGAUUUGAAGCAAGCAGAUGCCAACCUUUGUAUACAACAACUUGGAUGCGUCCCAAGAAGAUGACUAUUCGCGGCUAUGGACUUGGUACGUUGCUCAUCUCGAGUCAGGCGAGUUUGAAGGAAUUGUGGAUGACACGAUGCACAGGCGGCAACUCGAUAGGUUUAUAUCGGAGAACUCGACGAGCUAUGACUCGAACGUGCUGAUCCUUCUAAUGGAUACAAAUGAGAUAAACAGGAACCCGAAUCUGCUGACGAGCCUGAUGUCGAAGUACUACAUGGGGUCAGAUGCAAAGACAAUAACAAUCACGCCUAUGGGGGCCAUCAAUGAUAACAAGACCAGCGUGAUACUGAUAAAGGACAACACAAGACAGGUUCCGACCUUUAACACAAACGCCAGAAGACCCUCAGAGGGUCAAUGCACGGAGGCGGAGAGUAUAUUGAGCGGCGAGCCGGGCUACGUGCCCUCCAUAGUACAAAGAGAUGCUCUGAUUGAUCGGACGUUGAGCGAGGACGCAAUGCGUACCACUGUGGAGGUCAACAAUGACGAUGACGAUACCCAUUCUUUGCUCUCCGAUACAGACUUACCACAAUCCCCUCGCUCAGUGAAUUCCUUCGAAGGAAACUUGGGGUCUCCAGAACAGCCAAUCAUUAGAGUAGAUACCCACUUGUCCUCCUCACAGCACAGUUUUGAAGUUGGGGAUUCUGAAACGAUGUCGAUGAUGACGGACGACACUGGAAAUGUGUCACUGCAGCCCUUCCCUACAAACGUCUCUGCCACUUCGGCAACUGACAACAAAUUGGUUUUGAGAAGCAUUCUUUUGAAAGAUUUACAGACAAAUGAGAUUAAAACUGCUAUCCGUCAAAUUGAAAACUCUGAAAUGGCAGACGAUUGGUUAGUCUACGAUGAGACCUUCACAAUGACAAACUUGCAGCUGUUGAGCUUGGAUGAUAUCGUGGAGUCCAAUGCCAUGUCUUGCAAAUUCUUGUUCUAUGCACUCGUGGAAGAUACCCCAGAUGAAGAUGAAACAGACGAGGAUGUUGGUGAACAUGACCUCACGGUGGUGGAAUUUGACGGUAAGCUGGAUGACCUCUCUCCACAGAUCAGGUUCAUCAAUACAAAUAACACCGAGUUGACAACUCCGAUACAAUUGUCAAAGACAAAUACAAUUCAUACAAACUAUGAAUCUAUAAGGUCAGAACUAGUGGUUCAUAAGCCCGAUACGUGGUACACUCCUGUAUCAAGGGCAAAGUCUUCAGAUCCAAAUCCUCACUCUGGAGGUGCAAUCAGGAAGCUGAGAAAGAAGAGGAGCAGAAGUAGGGUGAAUACAAACGAAAAGUGUAUUGUCAUGUGAUGGCUUAGCUUUGUCCUUUACAUUUCAUCUUUGGUAUUUGGGAAUUUGGUUAUGCAUACUACAUAUUUUAAUUAGGGGCUUACAAUUGGGGGUAAUAUUCAAUACAAAUCAGAAGUUGUUUACUGGUUAUAUGAUUACAAUUUAU